GGGCUAGCACGAACAUACAACAUCUGACAGCAAGGGAAAGAGCGUCAUUCGGUGCGUGAUUAUUUGUUGAUAGUGGAAUUUGUGCAUUUUCAACACGCCCGAAACACAAAACCUUCGCCCCCAGGAACCGUUGAAGCGGACAUCCCUCCGGCACAAUGUUUGGCACGCAAGCGCUCGGUGCCAACCCUGGUUUCGGCAGUCCGACGGCCACAACCACCACCAAUCCGAUGAAGGACUUCGAAGUAACCUCGCCGCCGGAAGAUACGGUGUCGGCGAUGGAGUUCAGCCCGGCAACGUUGCAGCAAAACUUUCUCAUCGCCGGCAGCUGGGACUGCAGCGUGCGUUGCUGGGAGGUGGAACAGUCCGGCAAGACGGUGCCGAAAUCCAUCAAAACCAUGGGCGGUCCGGUACUGGAUGUGUGCUGGGCGGACGACGGCAGCAAAGUGUUCAUCGCCUCGACCGACAAGCAGGUGAAGUGUUGGGAUCUGGCCUCGGAUCAGGUGGCGCAGGUGGCACAGCACGAUGCGGCGAUCAAAACGUGCCACUGGAUCAAGGGCACCAACUACACGUGUCUGAUGACGGGUUCGUGGGACAAGACGCUCAAAUUCUGGGACACCCGAACACCGCAGCCCAUGAUGUCGAUUCAGCUGCCGGAGCGCUGCUACUGUGCGGAUGUGGACUACCCGAUGGCAGUCGUGGGCACGGCAGGGCGACAUGUGUUGAUUUACUCGCUGGAAAACAAACCGACGCAGUUCAAGCAGCAGGAAAGCCCGCUCAAGUACCAGCACCGGACGGUGUCGGUGUUUCGCGACAAGAAGAAAGCACCGACCGGCUACGCGCUGGGCAGUAUCGAGGGCCGUGUGGCCAUUCAGUACGUGAGUCCGCUGAACCCGAAGGAUAACUUCACGUUCAAGUGCCAUCGUUCGAACGGAUCGAGCGGCUACCAGGACAUCUACGCGGUGAAUGACAUCGCGUUCCAUCCGGUGCACGGCACGCUGGCGACGGUCGGGUCGGACGGAACGUUCAGCUUCUGGGACAAAGACGCACGCACGAAGCUGAAAUCGUCCGAAACGCUGGACCAAUCGAUUACCAAGUGUUGCUUCAACAGCAAUGGACAGAUCUUCGCGUAUGCCGUCGGGUACGACUGGUCCAAGGGACACGAAUACUACAACCCGCAGAAGAAAACGUACAUCUUCCUUCGCUCGUGCUACGAUGAGCUGAAACCACGGGCCUCGAGCUAAAGCGCAUUCGGUGUCAGCACAUUUUUUCCUGUAAGGUUACUUCGUACAUUCGAACGGCUCCACACGCUGGUUUGAUUGUUUCUGCUACACCAUAAGUUCGUUUAUUCUUUGCGGCAGAAUUUUGGAAAUAAAAUCUAAUGCACGAUAGCAACAAAGAA